AUGCUAAUGCCCCCUCUGUUUAGCUUAAUUAAUCCCCUUUUUAAUUCUAAUUUCUUUUUACUCCACUACAUUUAUCUGUAAUUAGUCAACCAAAUAUCAUAGUUUAGUUUUCAUGGAAAGCACUCCUACUCCUCAUUAAUUGAAAUUAGAGAUUAAAAUUUUAAAAUAAACGCGAUAAAUAUCACUAAACUUGGGUAAAUUACCCUUUUGGUCUUAGUUAUGUUUGCAUUUAUCAAAUGCUUACGGAUAUCUUAAAGAAGGGCGGCGUAUUUUUUUCCUGUUAUUUUUCUUGUUGGGUUGCGUAUUUUUAUUCUUUUAACUAAUUUUUAUUAUUUAUUUAUUUUUCUAAUAAGCGCUUCCCUCCACAUCUAUAUCCGAACCAAGUUCCCUCCUUCGUUUCAACCUUCCCUCGUUUUCUGCUCUUCUCUCUCUCUCUCUCUCUUGAUUCUCUCUCUGGGUUUUCUCCAGUUUCUGAACAUCCGAAUACCCAGAUCUCCUCCAUCUCCUUCUUCUUCUUCUUCUUCUUCUUCUCCGAAUUCGGGUUCUGUUGAAUUUCUACCAAUUUUCCCCAAUUGCACCUAAAAGUAAAACCCCAAACUCCCUCCAUUUUCCCUCUCUUUCUCUGACCUUCAAACCCAAAUCCUCAACAACAGCGAGGUCACUCGAUCUUUGCUCACCCUCUCCUCCAACGCUGCUCCAUGUCGGGUUCUCGAGCUCCCAACUCCUCUGGACUCCCCUCUGACCAGAUCAUGCACUCUCUCAAGCGCCACCUCCCCUUCUCUUCUAUGAAACCACCAUUUGCAUCUCCUGGGGACUAUCACCGCUUCGCCUCCGAGCCUCGACUCUCCGAUCACGAACCGGACGCCAUCGUAGUCAAAUCUCCGCAAUUAAAGCGGAAGAGUGAGGUAGCAGAUUAUGAAGCCGAGUCCACUGAUAGAGCAGCCGGUCCUAGAUUUACUGAGGUAGUUAGUAGUCCCCAUCAAACACCUGUAUCUGUGAAAGGUGGAAAGGGGAACAAAUCAAGGCUAACCAAAUGCAGUAGAUCAGGGCCACAGACUCCGAUGUCAAAUGUUGUUUCAGGUUCACCUUCUGCAAACAAUCUUACACCAGCUGGCCCAUGCCGUUAUGAUAGUUCUCUUGGUCUCUUAACAAAAAAGUUUAUUAAUCUGAUCAAACAAGCAGAAGAUGGUAUUCUUGAUCUAAAUAAAGCAGCCGACACAUUGGAGGUACAAAAAAGACGAAUAUAUGAUAUAACAAAUGUCCUCGAAGGAAUUGGUCUCAUAGAAAAGAAGCUUAAGAACAGAAUUCAGUGGAAGGGGCUUGAUGUCUCAAGGCCAGGGGACGUUGAUGACAAUUAUGCUGGUCUACAGGCAGAAGUAGAGAACCUUUCCAUGGAGGAGCGUGGAUUAGAUGAACAAAUAAGAGAGAUGCAGGAAAGAUUAAGGGACCUCAGUGAAGAUGAUAACAACCAAAGGUGGCUUUUUGUAACCGAGGAAGACAUCAAGGGUUUGCCUUGUUUCCAGAAUGAAACUCUCAUAGCUAUUAAAGCUCCCCAUGGAACCACUUUAGAAGUCCCAGAUCCCGAUGAGGCCGUUGACUACCCCCAAAGGAGGUACAGGAUAGUCCUCAGAAGCACCAUGGGCCCCAUUGAUGUUUACCUUGUCAGUCAGUUUGAAGAGAAGUUUGAGGAGAUAAAUGGCGUUGAAGUGCCCCCAAGCUUGCCGUCAAGUUCAGGGUUUAAUGAAACACCCGCAACAACGAUGAUAACAGAUGAUAGCAGGGGGAAGGAAAUUGAAACGCGAGAGCAAGAUGUACACAGAAUGUGCUGCGAUCUAAAUGCUUCCCAGGACUUCGUGGGUGGAAUUAUGAAAAUUGUUCCCUCGGUUGUAGAUAGUGAUGCUGAUUACUGGCUCUUGUCUGAUGCUGAUGUUAGUAUCACAGACAUUUGGAGAUCUGAACCUGGCGUUGAGUGGAAUGAACUGGGUACAUUUCAUGAAGAUUACAGCAUUGCCAAUGUCAGCACACCCCAAACCCAGAAUCCCCCGAAUAACACAACUGAUAUGCCUUCUAUUAAUCCUACUAGUAGCUGAAACUGAAAAGGAAUCUGUUCUGAUAAAUCUGAUGAUCGAUGCUACAAUUGUGCAAGAAUGUGUAUGAUGUAUGAUCCUGGUGAUCCGUAAUUAGCCCCAAGGACUGGAACCGAUGAUCUCAGGUCGAGACUGUCCUCCAUGAAAGUUCAUAGAGAAGCGCCUCUACCCAAAAGGAUAGAGAGGAAACUGGUGGGAAGGGCGCCCGUGUACAGUUGUAGUACAAAAAUGUGUAGUAAAUAAGAUAGUCAUUUCUGCAUUGUACAAUUCUUUGUUUCAUAAAAUGAAUAGCAGGACAUUCAUUUGAGCCUGAGUUUAAGCU